AAAGCAGUAGAUGCGUUUACCGUCAUGGCCACGGGACGAUCAAUGAACGGUCGGUAAUAGUAAAUAGUAGUGUGCGCGUAAAAAAUCCUUCUUCUGAUGGUUUUUUAAAAAGUUUAUUGUAAAGAUGGUUUGAGUGGUAUUAAAAGCGGUGUCGAGUCUCCGUGUUCGGAUAAAAAAAAAUUCAAAAAUGGGGAAAGAUCAGGAUUUAUUAGAAGCUGCGAGAAAUGGAAACGUUGCCGUUGUUGAGAAGAUAUUGGGCCAAAGGGCCAAGAGGAGUGGUCCAUUGGCAAGUUUAAGAAGAGGACCUGGCGCAAACGUCCAAGAUAGCAGCGGUUAUACAUCUUUACAUCACGCAGCAUUAAAUGGGCAUAGAGAAAUUGUUAGACUCCUUUUAGAACAUGAUGCAUCAAUAAACAUCGUCGAUAGUAAAGGAUCAACGCCUUUACAUCUUGCCGCUUGGUCCGGAAAUGCAGAUAUCGCCCGUAUGUUAUUGAAAGGACCAUCUUUGUGCAACGUCAACUCAACGACUAAAGAUGAUGAGACAGCUCUUCAUUGUGCGGCCCAGUACGGUCACACUGACGUUGUAAAGUUACUUUUGGAGUACGGUUGCGACCCGAGCAUAUGUAAUAAAAGGGGCGAAACGGCAUUGGACUUAGCCGCUCAGUAUGGAAGAUUGGAAUCCGUUGAACUACUGGUGAGGACACAUCCUAGUUCCAUACAGCAAAUGGAACGUCCACACGGUCGGAUGUUUUCUCAUACACCUUUACAUUUAGCUAGUAGAAAUGGACACAAGUCCGUAGUCGAGGUGUUACUUAGAGCCGGAAUAGACGUGAACGUACAAACACCAGCCGGAACGGCUCUUCACGAGGCCGCUUUGUGUGGGAAACCGGAAGUGGUUAGGACCCUUUUGGAAAACGGUGCCGAUCCGAACAUACGCGACUCUAAUAGGCAUACCGUUAAGGAUUUAUUGAGUCAGUUUCCUGCUAAUGCUACAUCGGAAAUUAUGGGAUUAUUAAAACGGUAUUUGCAAGGUUAUAAGAAAAUACGUGGUAAUUUCGGCGACGGUGAUGCCGAUAGUUUAAGCCAACCAUUCCCAAUCAUUCCAAACCCAGAUUCGGACUUAGGGAGUCCUUAUGAAAAUGUAAGACCUUCUUCAAGGGGUCGAGCUGUUACAGAUCCAUCUCCAGGAUCUUCACCACUUCGAUGGGAUUUUAGACAUGCAAGGUCUGUUGAAUGUGUUGAAGAUCGAAGAAUAUCUGGAACAUCAGCUACUUCUAUGCGCACAAAAAAGCCUUACCAAAGCUUACCGCCAAAUCAACGCGUUCGUAAUCCGCCGUCAUCGCACCGUUCUUUGCAUGAUUGUCACUCCCCGUGGUCAGGAAUCACAUUUAGCUUUAGCGAGCAAAUCACGAUCAAGAAAUUGCACGUCGAAGAAGACUUUGUUUCGAGUUCUUUGUCUUCCUACAAAACCGCUUCGGAUUCUUCCAGGGAGUCGGACAACAGUUUGUAUCAAAUCCCGUGCGCUCCCCGUGCCUUUAUGGAUCACGGAGACGAUUUUUUCUUCUGUAACAAUCGCGAAAGCGACCAGAUCAGUAUUUCUUCGACCGCUUCCAGUACCGGAUAUCCUAGAAGACCGGAAAGCGGUGGAACACCCCAUUAUGUUCCAAUGAAUGCCCGUAGUGGACACAGUCCGGGUUCGAACAAUUCAAAAGUUUCGCCAACACCACCGAAAAAACCACCAAGGCGUAAUUUAUCAGUUUCGCCAACACAUCAACAACCAAUGUCGCAAUCUGUUGAUGGUUAUAACAAUCAAGCUUACGAAUAUAUUUGUUUUGCAAAAACCGGAACUAGAAGUCAAAAUAAUUUAACCGACCUCGAACAUGAAAAUAAACGCGAACGUUUGGUUCCUGGUAAAAGUGUCGAUCAAUACGUAGAGAUGAAUGCAGUUUUUAAUAUUCCGAUAGAUGAUGAACAACCCCAGAAAAAAGAAUUAAUGAGGGGUAAAAGCGAAGACUUAGAUUGUCGAAGACGCGACGAACCAGUAGCCAUAACCGGAACGUACGAAAAUAUGACCAUAAAACAACAAAAUCCGCGUCGGAAAUUACGCAGAAAUGUUUUCGAGGAUUUCGAUACGAAACGUAGACAAGAAAAAACGACCCCCUGUUCUUCAGCACCGGAAGCUACAUUCGUUUCUAAAGCUUUUUUGAUGAUUAAGGAUUACGGUCGUGAUUCGAAAACUAUGAUCAGUAAAGACAAAUCUAAUAGGGAGAGGAUGAAUAAGGAAAAUAAGCGUUCGAAAAGUCCUAAUAAUAUUUUUAGUUACCCUUUGAGUCCUACUCAUUAUCAACAACCACCGACACCCGAUCAUCCACCACCAAACGCUUUACAAGCGGAAAAUAGCAUUUUGGAUAAGAUACGACCAUUAAGUCAAGAGUAUAAACGAAGAUCACGCGAUAUGGAAACUGAAACCGAAGAUGAAUUUUUAUUAAUAUACGACGAAUCAAGUGGAAGUUUCUCGAGUAGCGUUUCACUUUCCGAUAGGAGUGUCGAUAACAUAGUGGAAGAAUAUCAUUCGGAUGCUCCGUUUGCAGGGUACUCUAUCAAAGGCUUUCGUCAUAUCAGCGAAGCAGUUAUAAAGGGUUUAAUAAAAGGAUCUACAAGAGUAUUAGAAACUCUAAGUUCGAAUAAACCAAUCCCUGCUGAACGCCCGAAAACCUUAAAGAAAUUAAAACGGGUUUACGAUUCGAAUGGUGAAAAUGGAAAACACGAUAAAUCUUAUAAUAAUUCGUCGGGUUCUGAAAAAGAAUCUGAAAAUAAGGAGAAUAAAGAUCGAUCAUCGGCAUUAAGUCCGUUUGAUGAACAAGAAGAAUGGGCUAAAAUCCAAGAAAUUAUGGCGUCUUUUGGAACUGGAUUGGUUCGAGAAUCUGUUUUUGUAGCUGAAUUAGAAAAGGAGUUUCAAAGUCGUUUAAUGACGCUUAGUUUUUCGCAAAAUAGUUUAAAUUCUGAUACGGGAACUGUUGAAAAGUGGUUGCAAUCGAUUGGAAUGGGUGAUUACGUUGGUUUAUUCAUAUCAAAUGGUUAUGAUGAUUUAGAUUUUUUGAACGGAGUUUUAGAAGAAUCCGAUUUGCAAGAUAUGGGAAUCUCAAUCGACAUCGAACGACAAUUAAUUUUAAACUCAUCAAAACAUCUUCCUAUAAAAAUCAACGAACGCCCUCAAACUAUUAAUAACAACAUGAACGAACAACCUGAUAGUGUUGAUAAUUGGUUGAGAAGAAUUCAUUUAGAACAAUAUUCGGAAACUUUCGCCAAACAUCUUUAUCAUGAUAUGGAAAGAAUUAAACGUAUUUGGGACGUGGAAUUAUCGGCAGUUUUAGAUAUCGAAAAAAUUGGCCAUCGAAAAAGGAUUUUAGCAAGCGUUUGUGGUGGUGAACAUAUUACACCUGGACCUAAAUUAGAGGAUAUAAACGCUGAUUUAAAUAUUUUGUUAAAAGGUGAAAUGAAAUCACCAUCAACACAUUCAACAAAUAGUAGUAAUACAGGUACUGUUAGACAUAGACAUAAAAAAUCUAGACCAGCUCCACCUCCACCGAUUAAUAAAAGUAACUCACCACUUAGUGGUUGUAGCGGGGGUGAAGUUAAAGCUUGUAAUUCAAGUUCGGAUAUGUUUGUUGGUGGAACUAAUUCGAUAAAAGCGCAAUGGAGACAUCAACCUAUUUUGUUGAUAACUGGGGAUGUGAAAUAUAACGUAAAUUAUUUGGGUUCUACAAAUGUAAAAGAAUUUAAAGGGACUGAAUCGACAAGAAAAUCUAUACAAAAGAUACGAAAAAAUCCAGACAGACCACUUCAAGAGAUUAUUCUUUCCAUUUCUUAUCGGGGUUUAAAAUUUAUUAACAUUCAAACGCACGAAUCUAUUUGUGAACAUGAAAUAAGAAACGUUCAUUGCGCCUGCCAAGAUACUGAUUUCCGGGGUUAUUUCGCCUACAUCACCAAAGACACCAACGAUUAUUACUGCCACGUUUUCUCAACAAAUACCUCUGACCAAGCAACUGAUAUAAUAUUAACUCUCGGACAAGCUUUUGAAUUAGCUUAUCAAAUGGCAUUACGUGAUCAAGUAACGAGUAAAUCGAAAACAAAUAAGCAAGAGUACAACAAACCGGCUGUAAGUCCAGGUUCUUCCCACUGUAAAGAUUUUAAAGAUUCACCUCGUUCGGUGGAUUUUAAAUUAAAUGGACAUCCGUUAAAAAUGAAACCUUUAACACUUUCGAUAGCAGCCUCAGAGUGCAGUAUCGAUAAUAAUCACAGUCAAACUAGGACUCCUACGAAGGUAAGCUUUAGCGAUACGGACGCAUAGUUUUUAUAAUCGAUUUUAAUGGUGAUAAAUAUAAAUUCGAUUAUAAAUAUUAUUUGAAGAAAAAAAAAUUUAGGUUUCUUUGAAUGUAAUAACACUGCCACGACUUUUUUUUGGGUUUUCUCUUUUUUAGUUUUUCUUUUUUAGAUGUCAUAAUCGAUUUUUCAAGCUCAAUUUUAGACCUUUUAGAUUUUUAAAAUUGUACAUUUUAUACUAUUAUGCAUUUACUUCGGGAACAAUUCUAACAGGAUAUUGCCAAAGUACUAUCUUUAACAUGUAUAAAAAAAAUAGGAAAAAAACUUAAAAAAGACACGCACAUUUUUAUUUUAUUAAUACUUAUU